AUGACGGUUGGGGAGGGCCACUGGCUCUAUGCAAAAGAACAUCUUGCGAAUUUGAGAAGAUUGAACGCCUUUUGCUUGGCGUUUGAGCCGAAACCGGCAUCAGCUUUGGACCCCAUGUCACAGCUUUGCAAUCAAACGAGAACGAUCUCGAAAUCGGUGACGAGUCUAAUAGAAUACCAUUCAUCGUGCGAUCCAAAUGACCAUUUGGCAAUUCAGUCUUCGUUCAUGAAUUCAGAGAUACUGAAUCUUUACAACGAGAUUCUACUCGGCUCCAUCAAGUUGAUUUUUGCGAUCGAGACAUCUUUGUUCAGGCUAGGACCUAGUUUGGAGUUUGCGAUUUGUAUUGUGAAGCUCUAUUCAAAAUUGACGAAUUACCAGAAGCUUCUUGGCGGCAAGUCAACUCAGCUGAGUUCAAUGCUUCACUCUUUCGAGUUUCAAUUUAAACAAGGGUACAUCACUGCAGACAAUAAUGUUAUUAGACUGGAUAACAUUCACGAUCUUUCGUCGCAUACUUACGAUUUGGUUGCUCCACCUAUCAUAAAUCUGGACGAUGUUGUUAAGCGAGACUUCUUUAGGCUCUCAAUGAAUAAGUUCAACAUGCAGAGGCAGCUGGUGGAGAUUCUCCAAUUCACAAAUGGCGAAAUAGCGAUAUUUAAAGUUAUCUCUGGAGAGCUACCGAAUGCGAAAGAUCCGCCCACCCAGCUGCUUGCGCGCUUGUUGCAAGGGGAUUAUAGCCCGCUGAACUUGGGAAGAGCCCUUCUUUUUCCAUUUCUGAGGGAUUACGAUUUAGAUGUCAUUGGCGAAUCAGUCUCUGGAAUCGAAUUGAGAACGGUAACAGGAAAUAACGUUCAUCUGAAGUUACAAUGUGUUGAUGCAUUGCAGUGGGAGGGACACUGGAAAUUUUGCAUGAAAAAGCUUUUUGAUAGGAACAACUUCAUGCAACUAACACCUUCAAUCCGGUCUUCCGCAUCGCUAGCGAAGUCCUCGCAUCUAUUUCAAAACUUCAAAAUGAAGCAUAAUAAAUUGGAAAAUUUAAGACCUGCUGAAAGUACUGGGCUUUCUCUUACUCUGCCAAAUCAAGCUAUGCAUGUGGAACAAUCAAGUGAAAGAAGUGAGCCUGACAAACCGUCGCAAUCUGGCCUGAGGAGGUCGAAACCUUUACAGGGCCCACUUUCAAUCCUAAUGUCCAUGGAUGAGGAGGACGACGAAAAAGCAACUGUGAAUAAUCAAAGCAGCCUAAGCGACUGUAAACAUCCAUCCUUCGAAGAUCUCGAUUCUCUCGAUUGCGAAAAACUUAUGGAGCUCGAUAAAGGCAUACAGAUGGAGUUCUCACCUGUUUCUUUGGAAAGCCCGUCGUUGCAGCAGUAUAAAUCUGUUUCUCAGCACUCUUCAAUGGACGAAAUUCGACCUAUUGCUGCGAAAUCGAUCGAAGUUGAUGACUUCGAGAGCAUUAUUUCAUCUGCGGAUGAUGAGACAGACUGUAGGGACGACUCUUCAAUAUUCAAUCCCAGUGCUGAGUUCUAUAAACCAGCCCUGUAUCGCCGUAAGUCCUCCUCCUUACUAAGCCUUUUCAGCUCAAGAAAUAAAAAGGGCCUUUUUAUUGAUGCAGCAGGCGCUAAUUCAGCAGCUUCCUUAACGCCAACAUCAAAAGAGAACACACCGUUAUCUGCAAAGAGUAAUAUACCAGUAUAUCCCACGGAAAAGACCCACCAGCUUCUACCUUCGACGAUUGAUCUAAAUAACGAUCUGGCGAUUUUUGAAAGCGAAAAGGCUAGAACCUCUUUCUGGGACGGGCGGCAAUGGAUGAGAUUUGGAUCUGAAUCUUUACGCCUCAGUAUUUUAAGAUCGAUAAAUGACGAAACUGUCUUGGUGGCAUAUGAAAGCAAGGUUGAUGGCCGAUGUUUCUUUGCCGCCCGAGUAUCCCACCGGUGGACAUGUUCCAAGGCGGCCGCUCAGGAUAUCCAGGCGAUUAUACCAUCAUCAGACUUUUUAUGCAGUAUCUUGCCGCCCGGUAAGAAUACUGUGAACAUAAGAUGCAGUAGAUCGGAAGGUCUGCUGAACGCUCUGCAACACUGCAUAAAAGGAAAUUUGCCCGCUUUCAUCCCGUCGUCCCAGACAGCAAAUACUCUUUCCAGUUUUCCAUCCUCAAGUGCCAGUAAUGGGAUUACGCGUUCUUCCACUGGCAUUUCUGAUUUUGCCGGCUUUAAGAACGCUACUGACGCAAUAGCUUCUCUUCUCUUAUUGCCAUCUGUCAAAGCCAAGAUUCACGAACGAAUAGACGAAAAGGGUUGGCAGGUGCAAAAUAUCGGACACGUCGAUAUCUUCUCACAGGAGUAUAAAGGAAGUGCAGUCGCGGUGAGGUUUGACUUCUUCGGCGUCAAUGAGAUCAAGCAAACCGCUAGAACGCUUAUUAGUCGGUUAAGCGAUAUUCGAAGAAUAGGCAGAACUGGUCUAUUAGUUGCAUCUGGUGAUGACGAACGACUCUUGGAGUUUGUGAAUAAGGUAAUCGCUGAUCAAGUGUAUAAGCUGAUCAAGCCGCUAUAA